AUGUUCAGUGAUCCUAUCGAGGUUGGCGAUCUCUUUAAUGAAUACUUCUCCUCUAUUGCAGACAACUUCGAUAUCAGUUUACUAAACAAUCCAAUUAAUACUCAUUUACCAAUUGCAACAAAUCAUAUUAAGUUUACAAUUCCACUGAUAACAAUCGAUGACAUACUAAAUCUUGCAGCCGAAUUGGAUCAGAACAAGUCAACCGGUCUUGAUG